GGAGGUUCGCCAUCUCUCAUUUCCUAUGUUGACGGCAAAACCGUUUUCAUUGACGGUGCCGGUUUGACUUCUUUGUUUGGUCUUCGUCGCGGUGAAAUUACCGAAAACUUGGAUGAAACAUUCCAAGAUGAGGCAAUUUGGCGACAACUCGGGUUGGAUCAUCGUGACCUCAAGUUUAGAAACUCUAGCAACCCAAGUGUCGUUAAUCUCACUUUAAUUCAACGCGUCCAACAAUACAUUUUCUCAUAUGUUUUGUUGCCCCAUGAUUCGAACCAUGGCGUCGUCAACAAGGACGAUAUUCGUUUGUUUCACGUCCUGUUGAACGAUGUCAAAUUUGAUUGGGUUCACUUCUUUAUCGUUGCCCUUAGCGAUGGCACUCAUUUUUCCCAUCUCUGGUUUGCCAUCCCCAUUAUGCAUAUCCUUGCACAUUGCAAAAUAGACUUUACUCGGGACACUCAGGUGCCGGUUAAGAAGACGUGUUUCAUCACUGAAGCCAAGUUUUCCCGGAUCAUGUAUCGAGAGGAGGGCGAUGUUGCACCAAAUCUGGACUUGGUCAUCGCCGAAGGAGAAGAAGAAAGCCAAAACGAGAAUCAAGCUGAGUCAUCUCAAGCCGGAGGUAGUCGAGCCACGGAGCGCGUCACUCGUCAGCGGAGGACUCGUCCGAGAGAAGAAGCACCGGAACCUUCUUGGGUGAAGAAGAUCUUCGAUACUCUCACGUGCAUCCGAGAUGACGUUCGCCAGCUCAACGAGAGGAUGACUCGUCUUGAGCAAUCUCGCUCUUAUCGUGGCCCGCGUCACAGCUUUGGCGGAGGAGCUCGUCCGGCAAACUCUCUUUGAUUGUUAUUUUCUCUUGACUGAUUAUGAUACAUUGUUAUUUAUUUUCUCUAGUUGAUAUUAAUUGCUUAUGUAUUAAUAUCAUUGUUAGUUUGGCAAUAUUGUUCUUGUUUAGAACAUAUUGUCCCUUUGUGGCAUUUUACAAACUCUCUUUUAAAGAAAACUCUUACAAUUCU